AUGAAGACCAGUCAACUAUUUGCUCUCACGGCUGCCGCCGUCACCGGAGCUGAGGCAUACUACAAAGGAUUCAAUAUCGGGGCCAAUCUCGCCAAUGGGGCCUGUCGGAGCGAGUCAGAUUGGGAAUUUGUCUUCAACAAGAUCGCCAGCUUUCCGGGCAACUUCAAGAGCGCCCGGCUGUAUGCUUCCAGCGACUGCAAUACCCUAGCCAACGCGGUCCCUGCCGCCAUCAAAACUGGUACCUCGCUGCUUGUUGGCGUCUGGACCGAAGACAAUACCCAUUACGAGGCAGAAAAACAAGCAUUAUUGGAAGCCAUUCAACAAUACGGACACGAUUGGAUCUUGGCCGUAUCGGUCGGCUCUGAAGACCUAUACCGAGGCGACACGGAUGCAAAUACCCUGGCGUCACAGAUCAACGAUGUUCGCGGUAUGCUCUGGGGUCUUGGAGCUAGCAGCAAGUCUGUUGGACAUGUUGAUACCUGGACCGCGUGGGUAGACCCUGCCAACACGGCAGUGAUCGAAGCGGUUGACUGGCUCGGAAACGAUGCAUACCCCUACUGGCAGGGCGUUGGCAUCGACAAUGGUGCUGCUAGUGACGCAUAUUGGGCUGCAGUCAACCAAGUGCGAGCGGUCGCAGGAGGUCGGGAUGUAUGGACUACUGAGACGGGCUGGCCAAUUUCUGGCGACGCUGUUGGCAGUGCAGUUCCCUCGGUCGACAGUCUGCAAACGUUCUGGUGGCAAGUUUCGUGUGCAAGCUUCAGCAGCCUCAACUACUUCUUUUACGAUGUCGACGACUUCACUGCCUCGCCUAGCUUUGCUGUGGUCGACUCUAACUACGACCCUCUCAUCGACAUGACUUGCGGUUCGUGA